AUGUCCAUUUUUCGUGGAGACCCGAAAUCAUCAAGUAUGGUUCAUGCACAGUCUGCAUCUCAGGCCAGUCUAGAGCUAGCCGAACCUGACCUUCUCCGGAUUCGUGAGGACUACUUUAGUUACCUAGAUACUAGGCAGGCAUGCACAAGUAAGUUUAGUCGAGAUGAUCCACCCUGUUACAUCGGCAUUCAAUCCUCUCAUGGGAUUCAGCAGCUUCUAAAGACGGCCUCAGUGUCUGUCUGCUUGAUCCAUUUCCCCCAUCAUGCACAGCAAGGAGGUUUCUAUAUUGCAGGAUUGCUAUUCCGUAAUGAUCAGAUCUAUUCUAGCAACGCCCAUAUCAUUGAGGAGAUGCUGAGUGCCCAACUGUUAAUCAUUUUCGGUUCCAAGAGAAAGUCAGGAGAAGACAUUGGUGCUAACUAUACUGCAUGA